UCGAUUAAUGUGUACUAUCCCUCAGUUAGAUCGUUGAUCAUUUUCUUUUUCAAUUUCGUUAACGUUUUUUUUUAGCUGCUCACGGGAUUAAUCAAUCAUGAUAAUGUAUGGUUAUAAACAUUUAAACACGAAGAAACUGCAAUACUUAAGCAGUCACCUACAAAAUUUGUGUUGGUCGAAAAUGAUAACUGUGAUGUCGGUACUAUUGAUAAUUUUCCAUUCAGCGAAUUCAUCAUUGAUUUGUGGCUCCAGUAUAAGAUCAGCUGGUGAAACUAUUCCGAGGGGUGAUAUUAUCUUAGAAUACAACAGCGGUGUUCCUUUGGAAAUCACAUGCAUUUUAGAUCCUGACAAUGCUAUAGUACAGAGUCAAUUGCUUAAGCAAACUGACGAUGAACACAAAACCAAGUUACUCAGUCAACGGAUCUUAUUCUACAAGUACGAAGAACGUGUAUCUGACCAAUACGUAUCAAUUAUUAACAACACGGCAGCUCGAUUACGCAUACCCAACCAUCCACCCGGUGUCAACAUCUACAGUUGCAUACUAUUACUAGAUAAUAACCAAACGCUCAAUGAGCAACCAUUUAGUUUAAAAACAAGCGCACCAUCUCCGGUGUUGCCGCAAGAGACUGGGGUGUGUCUUAACACCGUUUAUGUUGGAUAUAAACCAUUGCACAUCACUAAUUUUUCUUGCAUAUCCAACAAUUGGAUUAAUCUGAAAUGCAAAUGGACCAAACCAGAAAAUCCACUUCCUACGAAAUAUAAAUUGUUCUUUAGAUUGCCUGGUCGUAUGAGCAAUAGUCAUAUUUAUAGUUGCUCUUCUAAUUCCGACAUUGAAAAUAAUACUUGUUAUUGGGAUGGUACUACUCAGCCUAUAUAUCGACAACUAUAUGAGUAUUAUUAUUUCACAAUAACUGGUGAAAAUGCAUUAGGAACCACAACUUCAUCGUUUCGUUUUCAUCAUUACGCUAACGUAAUUCCUGAUAGCCCAAAUAUUACCGUUCUCGAGGUAACUCAAUCGAGUGCCAUGUUAAGGUGGUCCGUUGGCAUAAUGAUAUCAUUUCCACGAGAAUUAAUUCAUAAGAUUGAGUAUAGAUCUCAAUGGGAUUCCAGUCCUGAACAUUGGCAUUCCAUAAAUGUAAAUCUCAUUUGCAAUUCGUCUCUGACGUCCGAACAAACCAUUUUAGUUCCUAAAGUGAAUUGCUUGAAACAUGACUCCAAAUUUUAUUAUUUCAACGUCACGGAUUUAGAACACCCAUUUACACAUUACGAUUUUCGUAUAUUUGUACGUUCUUCUAUUGCUAGUGAAGAAGAUAUGUGGUCUGCUCCAGGUCAAAUUGCUCUAACAACAAGGCCUACAAUACCUAGAAGACCCCCUCAAACAUUUAUUGGGGGCUAUGAGAGUGUCCAAUCAUCAAUUGAAGGAUUCAGAGACGUGUUCAUAUAUUGGCAGAAUAUUGAUGACAGUGAAAAGUGUGGGGAUUCAUUUGAAUAUUUUGCUUACUAUACUUCUAUAUCAGCAGAUAACAAAACAAUCAUUCACCGAAGUGAUGAAACACAUGAUAAUUGUGCCAAAUUUAAAGAACUCUAUACAAACACUGAAUACUUGUUUGCCGUGUACUCGUCUAAUACAGAAGGUUUUUCUACAGAGUAUUCCACAGUUUACGUACCUAGUGAAGCAGACAAAAUCGAAUUUGAUAAAGUUAUAAAUGAAUUGAUAAAUAAUCAAAAAAUAUCCACAGAUGAUCAACAAAGCGAUUACUCAAUAUUUUGAUGAAAAAAUCUCAACGACUGUCUAUACAAGAAUAACUUACGGACUGAAUAUAGGUAUAGACUGGUUGCAUACAAAUUAAAACUCUUUCUUCAAUAUCACUCUGCCGGAUCAAAACAUUUUAGCAAUUUUCAGUUCACUUCAACAUUCAAAAUUCUAUAAUAAAUAGUUUGAAUUUUCUUUAUGUUUUAAUUAACUCUUAACUGUCUUAACUUACUAUUAGACAUUAGUAGUAUUAGUUGUAUGGUCAGAUCUGUGGUGGAUAUCUAUUAAAAGAAAGGAUGUUCAAGCACCUAUUUCGAUAUAUGUACUGAUAAAUUAUUAAUU